UAGCUGCAGCUGCUAAUCAGCAUGCCAGUUGGAAUAUCUACAAAAAAAAAAAAAUCAAUAAUUAGAUGUUUGGACUGAGCAGCAUGCUGACAGUAAUAAAGCAGAAUGAUAAUCAUGUGUAAGUACAAAAAAAAAAGGUAAUCAAGAAGACCAAAUGAUCUGGAGUGCACUGAACUGUUAGUGAAAUCACAACAAGUUAGCUUGUUGGCUUGCUUCACACAAAUUCAAGCUAGCUAGCCUAGUUAGUUAGCGGAAGCUAAUGGGCUCCUGUUUACGAGUACGCAAGCUAAUGGCCAGGUAGCCAAAUAUCGACUAAAAUAAUCUCUCCGGAUCUUGUUUUCCCUGAGGUUUGCCUGACAGGGUGUUCAGAAAAUACCAAAGUUGUGUUAACUAGCUAAGUUCAUUCCCAGCUUCACUGUUUCGAUGGAAUUUAAGAGUAGCUGAUGUUAGUUAACAACGAAAUACAUGCUGCUGAAUUUUAAUAACAGAUGAACGGUGCUUAAACUGGACAUUUUGGAUAUUAUUAAUUAAUGUUGGAAGAAUAAAUUUGCUGUUGCUGAGUUUAAUGUCUCGCCGUGAUGAACACACUCUCUUAUAGAAAAGUCAACAGCGGAUCUCAAAUAUCUCUAAUCCUCCCUUGAUAAUAGGACUACGUAGUGCAUGACAUAACACGUCUUGCACACUAGCUAGUGCACCUCCACUCCAACAGGAAGUGAUUUGGAAUUUAGCCAUUGCAAAACGCAUACGUGGUCCUGGGAUCCAGAUGGUUGGUUUAUUAUAGACCCGCUAGCUACGAUCACUGACGAUUAGCUUUAUUUGACGUCGCCCCAUGGAACAGGACAAUAAUUCAGAGGAGGAAGCAGUUGGUAUAUCAGAGGAUGACACACAGCAACGGUAUUCACUUGAACUCUCGGACAUGGAGGCAGUUGAGGUGCUGUGGCAGAUGCGGGCUCAGCGGAGGCAGACCGACCCUGACCUACCAGACACUGUGACUCGGCUCACUACACCAGAAGGCAGCGUGGUCUAUUUAGUGGGCACGGCUCACUUCAGCGACAGCAGCAAGAAAGAUGUUACCACGAUGAUCCGUGCAGUGCAGCCAGACGUGGUGGUGGUGGAGCUGUGCCAGUACAGAGUGUCCAUGCUAAAGAUGGACGAAAAAACGCUGCUCAAGGAGGCCAAGGACAUCAACCUGGAGAAGGUUCAGCAGGCCAUCAAACAGAAUGGCGUGAUGUCGGGCCUCAUGCAGAUCCUGCUGCUAAAAGUCUCUGCUCACAUCACUGAACAGCUGGGCAUGGCGCCUGGAGGAGAGUUUAGAGAAGCCUUCAAAGAGGCAGGUAAAGUCCCUUUCUGUAAGUUUCACCUCGGGGACAGACCAAUCCCGGUGACGUUCAAACGUGCCAUUGCUGCUCUGAGCUUGUGGCAGAAAGCUCGGCUAGCCUGGGGCUUGUGCUUCCUGUCUGACCCCAUCAGUAAAGAGGAUGUUGAAAAGUGCAAACAGAAGGAUCUGCUGGAACAGACAAUGUCAGAGAUGAUUGGCGAGUUUCCCGCAUUGCACCGCACCAUUGUUGCAGAGCGAGACAUCUACCUCACCCACACACUCCGACAGGCUGCUCGCUGUGUGGAGGCGCCACCUAAUGGCCAGAAAGUGCCUGCUGUGGUGGUGGGAGUGGUCGGAAUGGGCCAUGUUCCUGGAAUUGAGAAAAACUGGGACAAAGAGCUUAAUAUUCAUGAGAUCAUGAGUGUGGCGCCACCAUCUCGAUUUGGCUGGGUGUUGUGUACUGUGUUGAAAGGGACCUUGCUUGGUGUUCUGGGAUAUGCCUGUUACCAUGCUGGAAGGUGUGUGGGGAGGGCGUUUCUCUCCCUACCUGCUGUCCAAUCACUGGAGAAUAUACGACCGCCUCCUGCCUGACCUAGAACUUCAGCAAAGACUUGAAUAAACAGUAUAUUACGCUAAACGCCAAUUGCCUUAAAAUGAGAGAUGGGGCAGAUAAGAGGGUAUGAUAUGGCUCAUACUCGAAACAAAACUGGCAUUUUGGAAUGGGGGACCUUGGAGCAGACCUCAGUAAUCUCCCCUCUCUUAACUCUGCGCUCCUGCAAACGUGGAGCUGUACUGCCAAAAAACUCAGACAGUACUUCCUGUUCCCUUUCUCUGUUUUGCAAUUUUCUUACACUUGAAUAUAUGACAAUACUGUUCCAGUA